AUGUUGAAACAUCCUAGCACUGGAGAAGCUAGCCUGGACACGGAACCCAAACUCAAUGCUGCUGAAUCUUUCUAUCAGGAUCCGUACACGGAGGAACCAAUUGACAUGGAUUGCUUGAAUACCAUGCUCGGUCAUAUUGAUCGUACGGUAUCAUCAGAGAAUGCUACAAUGAUUAUGGAGCCAAUUGACUAUGACGAUAUCUUGGACGGUGCCCGUCAAACCCCCAAACAGAGUAGCCCAGGACUGGAUGGCAUCGGCUAUGAGAUACUUUACCUCCUUGUCUCUCACCCAAGCUGUCGUGAUAUUAUCCAUCAGGUAUUCAAUGACGUUGUUCGCUUGGAAAAGUUCCCCAAAUCUUGGCAGGCCUCGUGUAUCAUUAUCUUACACAAGAAAGGUGACAAGAGUGAUCUAGCUAACUACCGUCCCAUCACACUGAUUUCAGCGGAUUGCAAAGUUUUUACGCGCAUCAUGAACCCUAGAGUUGUCCAAGUGGCUAACAGGAUUAUCACCCCUUAUCAAUGCGGUUUCUUGCCCGGCCGUUAUAUUGGGGAUUAUGGAAGGUCUCUCCAGGUGAUUAUGGAUAAUGCUCAGUCUGCUAGCUGGCGGAACCCCUACAACUUUACUGCCUAUGCUGGCAUCAUGCUUGAUAAUGCCAAGGCCUAUGACCAGGUUCACCCAAAGUAUCUCUCCCAAGUACUGUUAAAGCUUGGCUUCCCUGAAGCGUUUGUCACAUGCAUUAUCAAUUUGUUCUUUGAUAACUCCAUCUAUGUCAAUGUGAAUGGUUUCUUAACCGGUGCAAUCUCACAGCGACGAGGGAUUCGUCAAGGUGAUAGUAUCUCGCCAGUCUUGUUCAACCUGUCCAUUGAGCCGUUCCUACUCUCCAUAGUCAACAAUAUGAACCUCACAGGAUACAGCCUGCAACACGUCAAGCUCCCGCACCAAAUACAGAACCCAUGGAUAUCUCCUGCUCCCAUCAAGGUCCUCGCGUACGCCGACGAUGUCCUAUCGUUUGUGAAAUCGCAAGCUGAAUUGGUAGAGCUACAAGAACUUCUACUAGUAUACAAUCGAGCUUCCAACGCCAAGAUCAAUUACAGCAAAUCCGUCGCCUUCCCUCUCCACGGCAGUGCCAUGAAGUCCACUGACGGCCAACAGAUCAAGCAAUAUGUCACCACUCCACGGGCUAUAUCAAAACUCAUUGGCAAUAUCAAUGUUAUGACCGACAUCUUUGGCUCUAGACUCGUCUCAUUAUAUGGCAAAGCUAACAUUGCAAAUACUCUCAUCCUAUCCAAACUGUGGCAUGUUAUUCGUGUGGUGUCUCUCCCUCAGGAGGUCCUAAAGAAGCUCAGAUCAAUUAUAUACCAAUUUGUGAUGUCUGGCCUGUUUCCACCUCUCAAAGGCACUUCUUUCUUCUUUCCUCGUGAUCAAGGCGGAUUAGGCUUGAUCGAUAUCGGUGCUCAACAGAAAGCCCCACAGUUUCGUUACCUACGAGUCCUGCUAGUUGGCAAUCAUGGUCUACUACCUGAUUUCACGUAUCAAUUGUUAACCAAUGCUCUACGUCUUACAAACGACGCUGCUCACCAUGUUCUGCGUCUAUUGUUCAUGUCAGCUCGGUAUAAGAAUACGCUGAAUGGUCUCCACCCAUUCUUGUCUAUGUUCAAUGCCAUGGAUACCUGCAAUACUCACAGCUCCUGCACUGGUGACCCUGAUUUCCAGCCCUUUGUCGACUCAUUGAUAUACCAACAGCAGCAGAUACCGAAGCUAGCGAACAGAGGUCUCCGUUUCAUCAUGCUGGACAUGGCAAACCUCGACGUUAGUCGUAACUUCAGCAACCACCUCAACAAACAACAAUGGCAGACUUUCUACAAGAAUAACAUGCAUUACUCAGCUCGCAACCUAUGGUAUCGAAUGAUACAUAAACAAAGCUCCAACAAACUUGCCAUGUCGCAACUCUAUCUGAAACAUGCUGAAUCUGAUAGAUAUAAACUCUGUUAUGAAGUGGAAGGCGCCAAACAUCUCCUGAUCAGUUGUGUCCACAAACUUGAUGUAUGGGACUCCUCAUUCAACGAGUUCCUUGGUUACCCCAAAUCUGCAGAUCCACAUCUUAUCUACAAAUCAAUCACGCUCUUCAAACUGAACCGAUAUUUCAUAUACAACUUGGAUAUCCACAUCACGAUCUUUGACUCUUUGCCACCAUUAUGCGUAUUAUCUGGAGAAACCAUUAUCAACAGCUUUACAACCACAUGCCUUUUGAUUCAAUCCAAACCAGCCGCCAAAUCAGAACCGAAGUGUUAA